AUGAAUGGCAAUCAAACAAUAUUAACAGACUUUCUCCUUUUAGGAUUAUUUGAAACCCCAGACCUAAAAGUUCUUGCAUUUUUCUGCCUCUUUGUUAUGUAUUUAUUGACCUUGGUAGGAAAUAUAACAAUCACCUUAGUAACAAAUCUGGAUAAAAGUCUGCACACACCCAUGUAUUUCUUUCUGGGCAACUUGUCUUUCUUAGACAUUUGCUACACGUCAACCACCAUGCCUAAAAUGCUGCAAGUGCUUCUAGCUGAAAGAAAAAGUAUCUCGUUUAUUAGUUGUGCAAUUCAACUAUAUUUAUUUUUUGCUUUUGUGGGCACAGAAUGUAUUCUUCUUGGUAUAAUGUCCUAUGACCGAUUUCUAGCCAUUUGCAACCCUCUUAGGUAUUCUAUCAUCAUGAGCCACAAAGCCUGCAUUUACCUUGCCGCUUUUGCUUGGCUCAGUGGUUUUGUAAAUUCGGCAGUCCAUUCAUUUUUCACUUUCUGUCUACACUUCUGUGGCUCCAAUAAGAUAAAUUACUUUUAUUGUGAUAUACCCCCACUUCUCUCCCUCUCCUGUGACAAUACAUUUUUAAAUGAAAUCUUGCUCUGGUCCAUAGGCGUUGUCAUUGCAUGGAUGCCCUUCUUCUGCAUCAUUAUAUCAUACACAUACAUUAUUAUAACAAUAAUCAAAAUCAAGUCUUCUGAUGGAAGACAGAAAGCUUUUUCUACAUGUGCCUCACAUCUUACAGUUGUGAUUUUAUACUAUGGUAGCUCCAUUUUUAGUUAUGUAAGACCUGUUUCUACAUACUCUUUGGAUAAGAUUAAGGUUUUUUCAGUAGUGUAUAGUAUUGUAACUCCGAUGUUGAACCCAUUAAUAUAUACCUUGAAAAAUCAAGAUGUAAAAAAUGCAGUGGGACGCCAGUUCAUUCAUAAGCAACAUUUGUAA